AUGGAUCUUGGUGGAGGAUACAGUAAGCCAACACUGGUGCAAAAGGCCAGACGGAUAUAUGGUAGACUGACAUUUAAAGGAAAGGUGUUUUUUGGAAUUCUAUCACUUCUAAUUUUGUACAUGAUCUUCCCUAGUUGGAGAUCAUCUUCCUCAAAAGAUCCACAACUUGAACAUGACCUCAGAUACUUUGAAAACUACUCUAAUUCUGCAUCAACAACAAUCUCCAGUAAACAGUUGAAUAGCUUAUCAGAUUUAUUGAAUUACUCGCCACAUGUCAGCAAGGUUGAUUUGAAGUACAUGUCAUUGCCACCUUUGUUGGAUUCAAAUAAUAAAUUCCCACAUUACAGAAACGGUGGCAAUAUGUUACUAUCGAGAAAUUCAGAUCACGUUAGGCUAGUCAGAGAUUCCGCAAGACAAACCGGUUAUUUGUUUUCCGACAUGACAAUCUCAAAUGAUGACUUAUCAGCAUUUGAAAUCGAUGUGGGUUUCAAGAUCCAUGGUCAACAGGAUAGAGCAAAUAUGAUUGGUGAUGGCAUGGCCAUCUGGCUAACUACCGAGCAAUUGAAAGGUGGUGAUGUCUUUGGUAUACAAUCUAACUUUAACGGUCUCGGGUUGUUCCUUGAUACCUACAAAAAUUAUAAUGGUAAACAUAAUAGACAUGCUUUUCCCUAUCUAAGUAUUCAAAGAAACAAAGGGUAUGAUGGAUACUAUGACAAAGGCAAAGAUGGUAUCAACACACAGAUCGGUGGCUGUUCUCUGCACAAAAUCUAUAAUACCGGUUCUGAUAAACCUACAAAGUUAAAGAUUACAUACGUACGUCAGGCAGGUGUUUUUGAGGUUUUGUUAGAUGAAAAGGGACAAGGUGAGUGGAGAACAUGCUACAGAAAGGAGAAUGUCGAUUUGGAUGGUCUGUUUCCUGUUGGUAGACCUCUCUAUUUAGGUGUCAGUGCAGAAACUGGUGAAUUGCAUCAUAAUGUUGAUUUGUACUCAAUUGAUGUGAAGACCUUCAGAAAAACUGAUGGUGAGCAAAUUGCGGAAAUUGAUUCCUUGGCCCAAGGUCUAACUAUUGUUGACAGUAUCGAUGAUACGGAUCAGAACCAGCAAAAUGCUGAACGUGGAGAAUCACUUCAGUCUAGAAGGCGUAAAAAUAGAAAAUCACUCAACAGGUUACGUAGACAAGAAAAAGUUUUAAAACAGAGAGAUCGUGAAAAGUAUCAAAGUGAACACGGCUUUGUUGGUUGGUUCUUCAGUAUUGUUUGGUCAAUAAUCAAAAUUAUCUUCUACAUUGUCUUACUGUUGGUUGCUGCAUAUGCUGGUGUUAUUGCAUUCCGUGUAUAUAGGGAAAACCAACGCAAGAAAAAUAUAGGUGGCAUUCUUUAG